AUGUCCACCUUAAAGUCUUCCAUGUUUAAGGAUAUCGUUAAUAAGAACUUACAAACAAUGUUUGAUAUGUUAAAGACGCGUCCUAAAAGAACAAACUUUUUCUCGGAACAAAAUAUCCUUACACAAAAUGCAACUUCAGUACUUGAUACUAAUUUUCGGAAAUUGGCAAAUGAAACAUUAUCCGCAAUAUAUGAGUUGGAAAAGGUCGAAAAAUCAAAAGUUGUGCAACUAAAAAUCGAUAAGGCGCUUUUGACUUUGAUUACAAGACUUGUUGAAUUUGGUUUGUAUACCGACAUAAUAGAACCAUUACAGAAAUUGCGUUCAAGACUUUUGAUUUAUUUUAAAUCUACCGGAACAAAAACGUUAGAUUCGAAACAAGCUGUGGUACAUUUAGAGCUUUUAAUGCGUGUCAUCUCAAAGGCAAUUAAUGGCCUCCACAAUUCAGCAGUACGAUCAACUCUAGUAUAUCAAGAAUUAAACGCGUUUUAUGAUGAAAUGCUGAUAUUAGUGGAAACAUAUAUUUAUAAUGUUACUGAAAAUCAAAAAUUCUUGAUAUGGCGUAAUCAUUACUCAUAUGUUGCUCGAAAGAGCAACAAUUAUAAGAAACUAUUAGAGUUUUAUGAAUCAAUUAUUAGUUCGUUUCAAGAAUCAUCUCGGUCUAAUUCAGUACGAGAUGUAGGAAAUUUGCUACAAAUUGCGGAUUUAAGGAUUGAAAUUGCACAUCUUGCAUUACAAAAUCUUAUAUGCACAAAACAAACAAAAGAUGCGAUAAAACGAAUUAAAGAUGCGCAAAUUGUUUUUAAUGAAUUAUCACAAAGUAAUCUGAUGGAAAAGUUGUCCAAAAAAAUAAUCAUCGCAUUUUCACAGCUUUUCAAGGUGGUUGAAUUAAUUCGACAACCAAUUAUAAAAAUAGUGGAAUUCAUAGCAUCACAAGAUUUCGAUGAAGAGAGCUACAAGUCUCAAUAUUUGCGAGAAAAUGAUCCAUCUUAUUUAAAUCCGGAAAACAUUGUGUUGAUUAUUAUUGAUAUAUAUGAUAUCCUUUCCCAAUUAGAAUUUAAUAUAUAUCAGCAGAAUGGUUAUAAGAACUGCAUGUCAUACAUCGAUCAAGCAUACAAGAUUGUUCAGCAUACGUCGAGUAGAGAAGGGCUUCAUUCUAUUUUAAGAGCGUAUUGUCGCAUUGGAAAUUUUUAUUAUAAAUCGGGUGAAUAUAAGAAAGCUAGCAAAGCUUUUGAGCAAUCUCUAAGAUAUAUUCCUCAACGAGAUUUCCUUCAAUUCUCGGAUUCAGUUUCUUCACAAACAGUUUUAUCCGCUUCUCAAAAGCUGCCGUUAAUUCCUAACAUAGUUGACCGGUAUAUCAAUUCAACUUAUAUUAAUUGUCCAGAAGGCGAAUUCACUUCAAUUCAAGAUAUUUUCUUGGAUGCAGGAUGUAAUUUGAUUGAUUCUGCAGGGCUGUUAGAAUAUGAGUUGCGCGUACUUAAGGAGCGUAUUUUAACCUCGCGUAAUAUUCAAUUUGAUUUCUUAAAUGUGGAAAAAUCAUUAAUUGAUACCUUGUUGACUUGUUAUCUUCCUGAGCAUUUUCCUAUUCGACGUGCAAGGAUACUAAUUGAAAAAGUUAAGAUUAUGAUAUGCAUAGAAAGUGAUUCAGGUCAAAAUUCUGCAUUAAAAUUUAUCGAGGAAGCAGUUGAUUUAUUAAAAACCGAUAAUUUUGGCAAGGACAAUAAUCUUAUACAUCUUUGUUCUUAUUACUUGGCGGCCGCUUAUUCUUUGACUGGUAUUCUUACACUUGAAUCAGAAAAUCUUUCGAAAGAUUCGUUUGAAAGUGCGUUUAUCAUAUGGGAAGGAAUUUUAAAAAAUAUUCCUCCUUAUAAAAAUGGAUGUAUCAUUAAGCACCAAUAUAUAGAAAUUGCCAAGGAAAAAAUUGAUGAGAUUGAAAGAUUAUAUGGUCACCUUCAAUUGCUUGUGGAUUUUUUUGGGGUCACAAAUCAACCAAGAAACAAAAUCAAAACAUUGAAUAUCAUGUUAAGUUUAAAUAAUGGAAUUAGAGAUACAACUGACAAAAAUUCGGAUUCGGUAAUUUUAUAUGCACAGAUUGGUCAAAUGUAUUUAAACCUUGGAUAUACUGGUAGAGCUGGAAUGGCUUUUGAAAGGGCUAAAGAUAUCCUUGAUUCAAAUAUUUGUUUGAAUGAGGCAAGACUGUCUUGGAUGCUAGGAUAUAGCCACUAUUUAUGUGCAAUCGGCUGUAUGGAUAAAAGUGUUUCAUAUUUUGAUCAGACGAUUUUGGUUGCAAAUACCAGCAAUUCUCAAAAGAUUCCUGUGGUCGCAUCUAGAUUGGCUAGGCAAAGAAAGAAUGAGCAAAUGUUGCUCGGUCGUUUAGAAAAUGCCAUUAGUGACGUCACACAAGCCAUUCAAUUACUUAACCGAAUGAUGAGGAAUGUUAAUCUUAAUGGAAAACACCAUUAUCAUCAUCAAGUGAACACAGAAGUUAAUCCCUUUCUUGUUGACAAUAAUGUGAAUAAUAAAUGUUCCACGGCGAUAAAUGGGGAAUUUUUUGGUGGUUUUUUAAAUUUAACCGCACAAAGAUGGAAAUGGCGUGUUUUACAAAUGCUUUUUGAAUGUAAUCAUCAUCUAGGUCAAUUACAUAUUUUACGAGGAAGCGCGAAAGAAGCUGAUUAUUGUUUUCAACAAGCAUUUGAAUUAAUUCAAUCAACCAAAGCGAAAACGAACAUGAGUCGUGUUUUACUACAUUUGGCCGAAUUGGAAUUCCGAAGGCAUUGUUGGAAAGAAAGCGAAGAAAAGAUUAAUCAAGCUAUUGAGUACCAACGAAAAGCUGUCAUCUUUCGAAAAGAAGAGGCUCUUGCUAAAUUAUGUUUUGGUGACUUCAAAUAUCGAGAGGGGGAUUUCAAAUUUAGGCAAGGUGAUUUCGAUAAUCAAUUACGGUGUUACGAAUUUGCAUUGGAAUAUUAUAGUAAGGCUGUCGAUAUUUUGACCAAUAUUAUGAAAGAGGAAUACAUUUCUAAAAUAGAACAUCUGGACACAAGUGUAUUACAAACACCAAGGAGCAAGAAAUUUGUUUCAUAUUCGAACACACCAAAGGAUAAACUUAUAGGGGAAGUAGCCGAUUAUGAAUGCUUUUUACUUGCACAUCUGAAAAGUGAAUUAUUCCGCCGACAAGGGUGGAUUUUAAGCAAACGGGGUAAAAUUGAAGAAGGACUUAGAUUGAUCGAACAAGAAAAGUUAACAAACCAAUCAUGUCUCGAAAAGGCUGAACAUCUUCUUAUCUUGAGCAAAGUUAAAGUGAUGGAGAUUACCGCCAAACUAACGAAUCAAAACCGGUUGUUAUUUGAAAAUGUUCUUGACUCUGUACUUUCGUUGCCAAUGAUGAAUGUACAUAAAAAGUCGUGUAAAGUUAAACAAUCCAUGAACUUGACUACGUCAUUGAUAUUCGAAGAAAUUGACAAGACACUUGAAUACUUGAUGGAAGUUUACGUUUUAGCAUAUGAUUGUGGGCCAACGCAUUUAUUACAAGAAACUUCUCUAUGCAUAUCUAAGGUAGCCAUGAUCAAAGCCUACGGACAAAGCCAAUUAAAUAUUGAUCAACGUGAGAUGGCUACCAUUUGUGCCUUUUAUUUGGAAAUGACAAAAGCACUUACAGCAAAGAGAGAAUUCUAUACUGCAUUAAACGAGAAAUGUAAAGAUCCUUUAUUGUGUUUUGACAAUCAGUGGCCACAAAAAAUUACCGCAUUACCACCUGAUAUAUUACAGAACGAGGAUGAAUAUCAGUUAUAUGAUGAUGAAACUAUAUUACGUCGAAACUUUUUAACGGCUUUAAUUCAACGAUAUAAAAAUGAACCUAUCUUGACUUAUAAUGAGUUUCAAAAAGAAUUUUUGGAUAUAUUGCCUCCUAAUUGGACGGUUUGCUCAGUUUCUGUUGACAUUGAAACGAAUGAAAUGUACAUUUGUCGAUACCAACUGAAAAUGACUCCGCUUCUGAUUCGAUUACCAUUGAAACGUCAAUCAAGCAGAGACGGAGAAAAUGAUAUAUUUAGUUAUAAGGAGGCAAUUCGAGAAUUUAAUGACAUUUUGGAUUUAUGUAAUCAAAUUAUGAGUAAUCCUUCAACAUCAAAAGAAUGGUGGAAAACAAGGAAGGAAUUGGAUGUACGACUAAAAAAUUUACUGUAUAAUAUAGAAAAUUUGUGGCUAGGAGGUUUCAAGGGGAUAUUAAUGGCAGAUAAACAUCAAUCUUCCAAACGAAUAUUAAAAUUUAAAGAAAAGAUUGAUAGUUUAUUAUUCAAGUGUGAAAGUGGAAAAUCAUCUAGAAAGCGUUCAAAAGUAAAGAAGCUAGAUAUUGAAAUAGAGCUUUGCAAAUCAUUUCUUCGACUUGGUUCAGGUGCACAAGAUCAAGAUAUUGAGGAUAUUCUUUAUUUCCUUGUUGACGCGUAUAAUAAAUAUAAUGAUCAACAGGUUGGAUAUGACGAAAUUGACUUGGACCAGCUUAUCAUUGAUGUUCAAGACGCAUUAUCUUAUGACGAUACUAUGAGCUCCAAUGUUGAUGAUCAACAUGUUAUUUUAAUUCUUGAUAAAAAUGUACAAAUGUUACCAUGGGAAAGUUUACCAUGUUUACGAUCACAAGCAGUUUCAAGAUUACCAUCUCUUUCAUUUUUGAGAGACAGAAUUAUGUUAACGAAUCAUGUUAAUAACAAACAAGACAACAACCCGGGAUGGUUAGACUAUGUCAUUGAUCAGCAGAAAUCAUUUUAUGUUCUUAAUCCUAGUCAAGACCUGAAACGUACACAAAAUGAAUUUGAAGAUUUUGUAAAAAACAUUAAAGGUUCAGAUGGAAUUAUUGGACGGAUUCCUACCGAUCAAGAAUGGAUAGAUGGUCUUGCAAAUAAGGAUCUUUUCAUGUAUUACGGACAUGGCGCUGGUGAAGCAUAUUGUAAGAAAAAUAAAAUUAGACAUUUAGAUCGUUGUGCUGUAACACUUCUAUUCGGUUGUAGUAGUGGACAAUUAAAAUUAGGUGGAGAAUUUGAUCCUUCUGGUACCAUUUUAAGUUAUUUAUUGGCUGGAAGCCCAGCAAUUGUUGCAAAUUUAUGGGAUGUCACUGAUGUGGAUUUUGAUCGAUUUAGUAAAUCUGUGUUUCGGAAUUGGGGAUUAAAUCCUAAUGAGGAAACCACAUCAAAAAAAAAGGUAUCAUUAGUCCAAGCUGUUACAAUAGCAAGGAAUGUUUGUAAACUUAAAUAUCUAAUUGGUUCAGCUCCGGUGGUAUAUGGUAUACCAUGUUAUUUACAAAGCAAAUAG